ACGAAGUUUCUAUCGAUACGUCGUCGACGCUCGUAAUGGCUUCCGUCCGAUAUGACGACGCGUCGAGCAAGUAAAGAAAUGUUAAAAAUGUCUUAUCGGCUAAGCCUUGAAUAAAUAAGCGCACCAAGUUUUUCUAGGACGUUUGCUAAUUUAAACAGAGCUUGCAAGUCGUCCGUUGGAAUCGGAGAAAAAGUUAGGGAGGAGAUCCAGAUAAGAGUGUACGAAAUAAGCGGCUUGGUCCAACAAAUAAAUUCCAUUGCGUCAUUCGAAUGCGACAUAUCUUGUUAGUCAAUAAUACGCGCGUUGUCAUGUUCAUUUCUACUCAGAAUACACGAAAAUAUGAAAAAGAUAUUUCGUGUAAAUUUCACACACGCGUGUAGAGAAGCGCUGCUUAUUAUGAUGACCAGUAUUAGUACCGAAGAAAAAUGAGGAGGAGGGAGCUUGUUAUGUCAAGGAUGUCCGAUAUAAGUACGCGGGUUUACAAAACAGACAGCUAGUUGUUUAAAACAACGGUUUUCCUGAAGUGACUACUGUGAAAGCAUAUCCGUUUGGGAAGUCAGUGUCGCCUGGAAAUUAUUUUACCGUUAAUUCGAUAAUUCUACGAUGUGUUGAUGUACAAGUUUUCUAUUACCAUUUUCAAUAUUAUUUGAAAUUAUUUCUUAAAUCGAUAGAUAUUUUAAUUCAGUCGUUUGUAAUUGUUUAUACAUUUAAAUUUCGACUACUUAACGCAUUCCGCAUGGACGAUUUUUGGAUAUAUUAAUUUAAAUUGCAUUGGGUAUAAAAUUAAUUAAAUGUACCAUGCAUAAAUCAAAGGAUUGGGAUGUUAACACACAGCAUGAUAGUGGAUCAGAGAGUGCACCAUUACUCUCUUCUGAGUCCCAUGCAAGCGCUGAAUUUACUAUAUUUAAUGAUUCUGAGACAAGUGACUUUGAAUGUACUCCUACCAAUACAUAUUUCAAGUAUGGUAGUAUGGAAGUUUGUAGCUUUAACUCCACUGUUAAUGUAAUACCAAAGAGACCACCACCCCUAGCUCAAGAACCCACUUUAGUUAUGUCACUAAAUAAGGCUUGCCCACUAAAUGUAACACAAGACAGAUGUUAUGAAAUUCAUAAUACUGAUCUGAUAUUUAGUAAUGAAAAAGGUGAAUCGAACAGUAAACGAUCCUUGCUGAACAACUUCACAAGCGAAUAUUUAUCUCGAUCAUGUUCAUUGGAACAAGAAACCACGCGCGGCGCAUGCAAGGAAACUAAACCAAAACAAAGUUCUCUAGUAACUGUGUUUUCAAUAUGGAACACUAUAUUGGGUUCUUCAUUGCUAACAAUACCAUGGGGUAUUCAAAUGGCUGGUUUUUUUCCUGGUAUUAUUCUUAUUUUAAUAAUGAGCGGAUUGUGUCUAUACACUGCUUACUGCCUUCUUCUUGUACAUAAAUAUCAUGGUGGAUACAGGCAUGUGGAAGUAGUAUAUUUGAGUAGAAUAUAUCUAAACAAAUGGGCAGAAUACAUUGCUAAAUGUUUUAGCAUUACUGUGCUGUUAGGUGCAACUAUUGCAUACUGGGUACUGAUGUCCAAUUUCCUGUAUAAUUCUGUAAAUUUCAUAUAUGAUAGUUUGAAAGAAACGUCUGAUGUUUCUCCAGUAAACAAUGAUUCUUAUCCAUCAGAGUUACUAUGCCCAAAGAAGAUGCACAAUAAUACAAAUACCGAGAUUCAAGAAUACACGUACAGCUCUUUGGGACCAUUGUGGGAUCUAUACAAAACAGUUCCUAUGUUCCUCGGUUUAUUAAUAUUUCCAAUUCUAAAUUUCAAUAGUCCUACCUUCUUCACAAAAUUCAAUUCUCUUGGAACCGCAUCGGUCAUGUAUUUGAUUAUAUUUGUCUUGGUGAAAUCUGUAUCAUGGGGUAUUAACAUGGAACUGUCAGACUGGGAAAUUAGUUGGACGCUCAAAUUCUCGUUUCCCGCUUUGUCUGGAAUGCUGGCAAUGUCAUUCUUCAUUCAUAACAUUAUAGUUACUAUCAUGCAAAACAAUCGUGAUCAAAGCAAAAAUGGAAGAGAUCUUUCGUUAGCGUAUAUUCUCGUUACACUGACAUACAUUAUAGUCGGUGUAGUAUUUUACAUCUGUUUCCCACUCAGCAAAUCCUGUAUCGAAGAUAAUUUACUGAACAACUUUCAAAAAUGGAGUGGUUUAACAGUAGGUGCUCGUAUUGUUUUACUGUUCCAAUUGCUGACAGUUUAUCCCUUGCUCGCGUAUAUGCUACGCAUCCAAUUGCUGUCGUCGAUAUGCAAAACAUCCAACAUGGGCUGCGUCCUUUUAGUUAAUAUCAUUUUGAUAUGCAUAUGUAUUUUGUUCGCAGUUUUUGUACCGUAUAUCGGUACAAUAAUACGAUAUACAGGUGCCCUGAGCGGUUUCAUCUAUGUCUUUACGUUGCCAAGUUUACUGUAUUUGUCAAUUUUGAAAGAGCAAAAGCGACUGACGCUGUUUUUCAUAAUUCUGCAUGUAAUUAUACCGAUACUCGGCGUUUUAAAUCUGCUCGCACAGUUUUUCAUUACAGAAUCCUAAAUGUUUAGUGUACACUUAAAAGAAAUGUAUUUCAAAGGAAACGUGCAUUUUCUGUUAACAGUAUAAUUAACGACGAACAAAUGCAUCUGUGUGUUCACAUUGUGUAAGAAUGUAUGUCUGAAUUAGAAAUAAUCUAUAGAUAAUAGAAAAUGAAUUUUUUAAUUUAAUAUGUUAAUGAUUUCGUAACAUACAAGUGUCAAUUAUUAAGUGUAGUCUAUCAGACUGUAUCUCACAAAGUUAUAAUAAUUUGUACUCUGUAUCUAGCAUAAUUUAUUCAUAGCU